CGACGCCCCAUACAAGGUCGACACCGCGACAUGUGGUGCGAUGGUGGUGGCCUUUCCAUACAUUUCCGAUUCCGUUGUAACGGCGACACUCUCUGUUGGUGGCGUCGUGGCGGCCAUGUGUAUUCGUGUGUGACUAGCGGAUUAGCGAGAAGUAAAAAAGGUAAGGGGCCCCAUUUUUGUAACCCUUCAAUACGCGGUCGCACCUGCACUCUGGCCACAGUGCGUGGCGAUAAACGAUUCCGUGCAGUUCACUGUUGGCGGUGGUCGGUGUCUAGAAGUGUGCGAUAAGAACCGCGGGUCCAACGUUCAAUCCCCACCCGCCCAUCGAAAGCUAAAUUUAAAAUGUCAAGCGAGGAGCUGAAACUGCUGGAUGAGAUGUGUGAUAAUUAUGAUUAUCAGGCUUCAUACGAUAUGAUCCAGAGUCUAUCGGAUCAGACUAGUUGUGAGGUGAAGUGGCGCCUAGCGAGAUCCCUGUUCUUCCUGUCCAAGCAAACGGACAACAGCGCUGAGAAGGAAGCGCUGGUCCGUCAGGCAUUCGAUCAUGUAUCGGCCGCACUCGCGUUGGAUGGCGAUAGCUUCGGUGCGAACAAGUACUACGGCGCAAUUCUGGCCGAGAAGAGUACCCUGGAUGGCGUGACGGAGCGCAUCAAGCAGCUAGAGAACGUGCAGGCUUACUUUCAACGGGCCGCCCGAUUGGAACCGACCUCCGAUCCGGGCAUCUGGCACAUGUUGGGCCAGUUUAACUAUAAGAUCUCGGAGGUGGGCUGGGUAACGCGUAAGUUGAUUAAUUCGGUGGCUGCGAAUCCGCCGGUCUCGUCUUAUGCCGAGGCGCUUGAUUGUUUCACCAAAGCCGAAGCAAUCCGGCCUGGCUUCUACGCACUAAACUGGUUGUACCUUGGGAAAUGCUACCUGGCGCUAAAGCAACCGACCGAAGCGAAACCCUGGAUUGAACGAGCGGCCGCGGCCGAGGUGCGGUGUGAGGAUGAUCGCUUGUGUCUGCAGGAGGCAAACGAGUUGUUGAAAAAGUUGUAGAAUCGAUGACCUUCCACCAUCAGCCACGGAUUUACGCGGACUGAUCGGGCGCGAGAAACAAGUUCCAGCUACUAAAACGGCGUCGGUACCGUUAUGUGAGAUGUAAGAUACCUUAUGGUUUAUGGCGGGUAGGGAAGCGAGAGGGGUUUGGGGUGGUUCUGUAAUGAGCACAACGCAGUUAAGAGGCGCUACAAACACGACGCUAGCGCAAUGUUUGCCAUUUAUGAGAGUCACUAAGCGGUCGUAAAUCGAUAACUGUGAAAGCGAUGGCGGAUAACGAAUCUACUACACUGCUAGAGCUGCUGCUGGCUAGUCCCGGGGGUCCCCAAUUUGUUAUCAGUUGUCGAGGCGAAUCAUAUCGCUCAUCGCCCUUUUUUUGGGUGGAACGGCAUGGUGACGGUAGUGAUAAGCGAUUGAGUGGGAAAGAUAGUGGUAGGGUUAUUGUUUGCCCGUUAUCUGUUAUCGGUAUAGUUGAGUAAGAUAAUAAUAAAAGAAAAUAAUACAAUCCA